CUUAGGAAUUUUUACCGCUCAUAAUGUUUCCCUUAAGGUAUCUUUAAUAUCAAUGAUAGUAAAUAUUGAUAUGAGGCUUGUAGCGUUCAACAUGCAUCUGGAAUACAGAAAAUCACGAGUCAACCACAGGCCCCACAGAGCUCUUCAGAUGUGGAGGUCUAAUUAAAACUAAUGCAAUUAAGAAACCCCAAGCUUCGUUGUAUCAAGAUGUUUUGAGAGGUUUAACAUUCAUUUCACUUCGGCCAUGCUGUUGCACUGUGUGCACCUUUUCCCCAGUGCGCGCGGGGGGUGUUUUAACGAGGCGUGAGUCGGGUUCUGGUGGAACUCGCAGGAUCACAUUCUGUUCAUAGCUGCCUCGGUUCAGGAAGCGCAUCGCACGCCCUCGCGGGUCUAACGCACAUCGGGCAACUUCGGAGGCUGAGUGAGCGAAACUCAAACUUUGUCCGGGGACGAGCGCUUUAAUGUUGGUUAACAGGUAAACGGGUUACGGAGAGGUUCAAACGUCAGCCAGGUGAGGCUGCUCAUUUAAAAUCGAGGUGCAUUUAGGGUUCAACCAGUCGAUGCGAGGACGCAGGCCCCCAGUCAAAUUUGGUCUACCAUCGCCUCAGCUGACCCAUGGAGGACAGAAAUGACAGUCCCGCGGCUGUGAAGGUGGAGGAGCAUUCUCGCGGCGUCGUUCUCACCUACUUCCAGGGGGACAUCAACAGCAUGGUGGACGCUCACUUCACCCGUGCGCUCAGCAAAGUCAGCCGGUCCAAGGCCCCCGUGCCGAGGACAAAGAAAACCUGUAAAACCAUCAAACCGGAGCAAUCCAGCGCCUGUCAGGGCAGCGCUACGGACUGCUACUCGCAGCCACAGGUGCCUCCUCCCGAGCGCCUCCCGAACUUCAGUCCCGCGGAGGAACCCCUGGGCUCGUGGCACUCGUUUCCCCCCAGGGACGGCCCCGGGUUCCCGUCCCUGGCCUACCCGAUGUCCCCCGGGGGGUUGAGUCUUACCGGACAGCAGUACGCCACAUCUCUGCUCAACCUGCUGCACAACGACAGGGGGGAGAUCGGGCCCGGCAUGGCCUCCGGCUCCAAGCCAGAACUGCAUCCCAGCUGGCCGGUGCCUCAAGGGUUCAGAGACUCCGUGGACCACGCUGCGGGCUUUGAACCCGGACGACGCCUGGAAAAGAAGGACUUGUACUGGUACUGAAGGCGAGCGAGGCCGGUGCAGCGGCUUCAACUGCAACACAUACUUGUGGCUCUGCAGAACACCCCCCCCCCCCCCCCCCCUCCGGCUCUCCGUUUAGCCGCCUGGGGGGGGGAGGAUUCUCGUCAAACAGGCCUGGCCCCGAGUGUUUCACCGAGACGACGCGCAAAAGAAACACUGCAGCGCCUCCGCUCCUCUGCUGAAUGAAACGACCUCAGUGCGUCAGCGUGUAGCAACUGGAGCAACCGCUCUGAAAGGGACACUCUUCGGCAAACCUGUUCUUCCAGGCCGUCUCUCCUCUUCUAAUCAGAAAUCACUCCAAUGUGAAAUAUUUCUGAGUUGCCCUAGCAGUACAUAGGCCAGUGUUGCUGUUUUUAUUGAAUAUUGAUGUUAGUAUCCACGGUUCAACUAUAUAAGUCUAUGUGAUUUUUUUUUUUUUUCAUAUUCAAACCAUCAAAUGAAGGAUAUUGUUGUUGAUGACUUACUGACACUGGUACCGCGCAGUGUAUAAACUUCCCAGCAGGCUGACAGAAACAUCUCAAACACGUCCGUGUUGGACACAGUUGGAUAUUUAACGUAUUCAAAAUGUGAAAUACCUCUGAAGAAAAAGGAAGGAGAAUAGAAACCAUGACAUAUGUAUACAUGUAAAGUAAUGAGCAUCAGACACGCAAAUUCAGCAAUACUGACGUUUAAUGAUGAUUUCAGCAACAUUUUUUCAUACAUAAAACCCAUGAUCAGCAUUAGGAAGAAUAACUAAGGAACAUUUCUCAGAUCGGCCUUAUUGAAUUUGGGUACAUUUUUAUUUCCUUUAUGCGUCUUCAUUUUAGAGGGAAAUACUGUACUCUGUUCUUCACCACAUUUAUCUUACUGCUAUAAUUAAGCCCACUAGUUACAAUUGGCUACUACUAAUUAAGAUACCACUUUCAUAUUAAUGUAACAAUAAUGAUAUGUAUUUGGUAGAAAUGCUGACAAGUUUCAUUUUGUUUAAUUAAAACUUUUACUUUGGAAACUUUAA